CAGGAUUUUGCUGGUAUCAACAAAUUUAUUACCUGAGUACCAAGUAAAUAGUGACUUCGAGGUGUUUUUUGAUGUUUUCUAUGUAGUCCUUGAUAAAUCAUGUAAAUUAAAGGCUCCUGAUAAACUUAAAUGUGGAGAAGAAAGGAGAUUCAAGGAUAUCCUCAGAAUACUUAAAAGAUAUCUUUCUUGGAUGGGAUUGAUUAUCAAUUCAUAAGAAACUUUUGUCCUGAUUUGAAUCUAGGGUAAAAUUGGAGUUAAAAAAAUUUAAGUAAACACUAGAAAAAAUCAGAAAAUGAAUACAACAAAUAAGUUUAGUACACUAACAAAUACAAAAAAAGCAAUAAUACUGAUAAGAAGAAAACUAAAGAACCAGCUAUGAAACAUUUUAAGGCUUCUACACAGCUGCCCUUAGAGCGAAUAUUUAAAGGAUUUAAAAAUAUAAGGUCAUAUAGAACUCAAAUGUAUAAGGUCUACAUAAAAAUAAUCCUCUCAUAACCUUUAAAACCUUUAAGUAAAAUCUUAAUUAAGAGCAGUAGCGUGAAGUAGUACAUAAAAGUACAAUAAUCAAGACCAAAUCAGAAAGACUCUGAGAUAAUUGAGGAAACGCUUUAGGGCAACAUAAUCCAAG